CAUCAAAAGAGAAACUUGUUCACAUCAUCGUAAAAUUUAGGCUCGAUCAUGCACUCAAGGACUUUUCUAUUUAUAUAAGCAUUUCAAUUUCAACAUGAGUGCGUGCAUGAAUUUGAAUGAAAUCGUUUAAGAAAAUGGUCCAAAAAAAACGGGGUAAAAUGCUUAUUUUGAGCAUACUACUCAUUGUCGCCCUAUUGGUAAAUCAGUCGGCCAGUAUCAACCUGACUUACAUAGUAAAAAAAGAAGGUGACACUCUACAACCCAAUUGCAUAGCUGAAGAGAACGAGCGCUAUGCUGCAAUAGGCUGGAUCUACCCUCUAUCAACCAAUGAAGAAACUCGACCGCAAAUAACGAAUAAAUUUAUACCAACGAUUCAAAAUGACUUUAACUGCAAGUUUUCAAAAAACGACAAGUGUAACAACAUUUGGGCCUUGAAAAAUUGGCAAAUAGACACAAACUCAACUAGAACGCUCGAUUUACUAUUCGACGCACGAUGGGAAGACUUUCCCACGAUUUUCACCGGAGAAGACACGAAAGAGUUUCAAGAUAAGGUCGAAAUUCCCAGCGUUUUUAAGGCUGGUUUUUCGCUGCGGGCCUCCAGGAGUGUCGAAUUAUUAAUUUGCGACGGCUGGAACCCCCACAACCACCCCUGCUACCAUCUGAAUAUGAGCCAAAAUGAGAUUUUCCUGCGGAAAUAUAUGACACUGCCCAAAAACGUUUCUGCUACUGAUAAAUUGUUAGAUUCCUACCAGGCGUUUGCCAAGAUUUUAUCCGGUGAUGAGUGGAGGAAUUUCGUGAUAAGCCUGGAUGAUAAAGGUGUUUUCAGUUUAACUGAUGUCAGUGUUAACAGAACUGUUAUUCAAUACGAAGAUAAGGAAGUGCUAAAACCGCUUUAUUUACUCGUCAGAAGUGCUCAAGUUGCAUUGUGGAAGAUACACCAAAAUCAAUUUUUUUACACAAAGACGCCACAAAUAUCUCGAUUCGGGCCUUUACUGCAUCUCCCUUCUAAAUUUCUUUGUGUGGCUUUGUAUGUCUCGAUUUGCCCCACUUGUUCUAUGACUUUUUUUAUAAUAAAAGGCGAACAAAAGAAAAUUUUAAAGGACGUGCUGCCCACUCAAGAUUUUCAGUGGCGACUCGUGAAAAUCAAAGAUGAUAAUGUUGAAGUCGAAAAACUUAAUAUUUUUGUUGAAACCAAAUUUGUCGGAGGUUCGGCAAAUCAAACAAAUGGUUUUUGGGCGGUUGACGAUGUCAGAGUGUGUCAUGAAAACGAGGUAAAAGUAACAUUUUUGAAAUUGGAAAAUGGGGUGAAAGAAAAUGAUUCUGAUGAAAUUUCGUGUCAAGUGGUUCAGCACCCUAAAUGGAGACCAAAGAAACUGGUAUACUCGAAAAUCAAAGAUUUUCCAACAAUAGACAAUUCUUCAAAUUCAUCAUCAAUUUACUUAAACUGGACGCAGGAAGACCCCAACAAUCAAAUAAACUAUUUCAUCACAUACGAGGCAAACGAUUUAUGCCCUCCAGAAAAUCCAAGCUUAGAACGGGUAAAAUCCAACGGCUUUCUAAUGACGAAACAUAAUGAAAUAGCAAUAAAUAAUCUCAUUCCUUACACCAAAUACAACAUAACGUUUUCGAGCAUGCUUCACGAGAAGGAAAAACGAAUUUUUAUAACAACUUUGGAGUCAGAUCAAUUAUCAUUAGAAGAAAUUCCUUCAAAACUAAACAUCGAAGUGCACGACACUGAAGCCUACGCCUCUUGGGAUAAAAUCGCGUGUAAAUCAAUUUACGGACCGGUUUUAUACGCACUCAAUAUAACAAAUGUAAAGACAAACACAACCAAAGAGCUAGAUGUGCAAACGGAAGACACUGUUGAAAUUAAUGACUUGCAACCCUUCACGACAUAUACACUGGAAAUUACAACAGCUCGCAACUUUGAAAAUAUCCAAAAUAAUAAAAAUACUUUGAAAAUACAAAACAAGUUUACUACACAACCGGGAAAAGCACCACCUGUUGAAAAUUUGGAAAUUUACUCAAUUGAUAAAAAUUCAGUCUCACUUCGCUACGACUUGCCUAGAAACUCGCGAGGAGUCCCUGUGUAUGGUCAAGUGACUCGCUGCAAUGCAAUUGCUUUCAAAAAAUGUAAAAUUUCCAAUUUUCCAAUAACACCGUGCAAAUUAUGGAAGAGGAAAUACUGCAUUGAUAUUAACAAUUUGAUUGCUCAUCAAAAAUACACGUUAAAAGUAAGCAUCAGGAAUGAAAGAACGCAAUUUUACGGGGAUGAUGUAAUAGUUGAAGCAUUUUUAAUGGAACAAGUUCCUGGAGCACCGUCUAACAUAACUUAUAAAAUUGUCGACUGUAAAGAAAGUUUGGAUUAUUGUCACUUGAAUGUGACCUGGUUGCAUCCUUACAACCAAAAUGGUUCCAUCGAAUCGUUUCAUAUAGUUCUGAAUGGUACCGAUAAUAAUAAUUCAACAAACAACAUCCAAGAAGUUUUAAAAAUAUUCAAUUCGUCGUACUACUUGUCAAGAUAUGAGUACCAGAUUAAGUACAUACCCUACAGCACUCAUUACGAAUUGUUUGUCCAAUCUGCCAAUUCAAAAUACAAGAGUCCUUUUGCCCACGUCCAUGUGAAAACAGACGACUUGGGCGAACAUAUAGACCAGAGUCCUGUCUUACUUAAAUCCCAACCUACUUCAGUAACAUUCACAUUACCCACACUUGAUCAUCGACUAAAAUCCUACAGCGUUGUAAUAGUGGUCCAAGACUUCAAUCAAAAUACUACGAUUCCGAGGAAAAUAACGAAAAAUAGCAAAAUUGCUGAUCACUUGUGCCACAACUUCGGUGACACUUGGAUUUUGGAAAAAUUGGACGUAGCGACACACAAUCAAACAAAAACUGUAAAUAUUGGAACUGGUGACAAUGAUAAGGUUUUGAGACCCAACACGCAGUAUUGCUUCACUUUUAUCGUUACUAAUAAAUACAGAAAUAGUGAACAUGAUGUGGUUUAUUACAAGAAGUUGAUGACACCACAAGGCGUAAUUUCGGAAAGUGGUUACAAUCAUUUGUAUGCCCUACUUUUGCUUUUAUUGUUAAUACCGUUAGGAUUUCUCAUAUACAGGUAUUACAAAAAGAGAACGCCUAGACGGAAAAGACAACAAGAGAACAAGGAAAAUGUUUACGAAUCUUUGCCGUUUGAGGAAACUGAAGAAAAUUGCGUCAACAAUGACACAUACGAUCACUUAUUACAUAAAUAAUUUUAAAAUUAGUUGUACUUAAUGUGUUCUGUGAUAACAAAUGUCUUGUGUAUAGUUUUACUAACAUACUUGUUUAAUUUUUAAUGUGCCAUACUAAGUGUUCAAUUGCCUACAAAAAUGAUUUUUGUAAUACUUAAUAAAGAAAACAAGGCUA